CGAAUAUAUAUGUUACAAAAGCUUAGAGAGGUGAUCAGAGCUUUGCAUUACAUAAAUUUUCAUUCCUAUUCAUUUCGUUAAUUUUCCAACGUGCUUUUGCAUGCCAUUAUAACUUAUGGAAAACCUAAAACCAAACCCGGCGAACUCUUCUCCACUAACCCCACUGGGAUUCCUGGAAAGAGCGGCGAUCGUCUAUGGCGACUGCCCUUCUGUUGUCUACAAUGACACCUCCUACACAUGGUCGGAAACCCACCAGCGGUGCUUGCGCGUGGCCUCCUCCAUUGCCGUUUCUCUCGGAAUCAAGAGUGGCCAAGUCGUCUCCGUCGUCGCUGCAAACGUCCCGGCCAUGUACGAGCUCCACUUUGCCGUCCCCAUGGCCGGCGCCAUUCUCAACAACAUCAACACACGCCUGGAUGCCCACACCGUCUCCGUCAUGCUCGGCCAUAGCGAGUCCAAGCUUGUCUUUGUAGACCAACUCUCACAAAACCUUGUCCUCGACGCCAUCUCAAUGCUCCCACUCAACACUCCGAUUCCUCUUCCUGUUCUCAUCACCGACUCGGCUCCUGACGUUGAUGAUCAACUUCAUGAUCGCUUUCUUUGUAGUUACGAAGACCUGGUGACGAAUGGUGAUCCGGGGUUCCGGUGGGUCCGACCGAAGAGCGAGUGGGACCCGAUAGUAUUGAAUUACACCUCCGGUACAACAUCGUCUCCUAAGGGUGUCGUCCAUUGCCACAGAGGGGCUUUCAUCGUCGCUCUUGACUCACUCAUAGACUGGGGAGUGCCCAAGCAGCCUGUAUAUCUUUGGACGCUCCCCAUGUUCCACUCAAACGGUUGGAGCUACCCUUGGGGAAUGGCGGCCGUCGGCGGCACAAACGUAUGCCUCCGAAAAUUCGACGGUCCCACGAUCUUCCACCUCAUCAGACGGCACAGCGUCACUCACAUGGGCGGUGCACCCGUCGUGCUCAACAUGUUGUCCAACACUCCCGACGUCGAACCCCUCAAAAACCCGGUCCACAUCAUGACCGGCGGCGCACCGCCGCCAGCUCCUGUGCUCCACCGGACCGAGUCGUUAGGUUUCAUAGUCUGUCACGGAUACGGACUGACCGAGGUAAUGGGAGUUGUGGUGUCGUGCGCCUGGAAACAUGAGUGGAAUAGGCUUCCCGCGACGGAGCGUGCCCGGCUAAAGUCCCGACAAGGUGUGAGGACGACGGCAACGGCAGAGAUCGACAUUGUUGAUCCAAACACAGGUAUGAGCGUGAAGAGAGAUGGAAUGAGCUUGGGGGAGAUAGUUGUAAGAGGAGGGUGCGUUAUGUUAGGGUACCUUAAAGACUCUGAGGCUACUGAAAGAUGUAUAAAUAGCAAGGGAUGGUUAUACACAGGCGAUGUGGGGGUGAUGCAUUCAGACGGGUAUAUGGAGAUCAAGGACAGAUCAAAGGAUGUGAUUAUAAGUGGGGGAGAAAACGUGAGCAGUGUGGAGGUGGAGUCGGCGCUCUAUGCACAUCCGGCAGUUCACGAGGCGGCAGUAGUGGCACGGCCGGAUGAGUUCUGGGGGGAGACGCCGUGUGCUUUCCUGUCGUUGAAAAAUGGAGCGACAAGAAAGCCGACGGAGGAGGAGAUCUUCGAGUACUGCAGGAGGAAGUUGCCGCAUUACAUGGUGCCGAAAUCGGUAGUGUUUAAGGAAGAGCUUCCGAAGACUUCGACUGGGAAGAUUCAAAAGUUUGUGUUGAAAGAGAUUGCCAAGGCUAUGGGGUCCAGCACUUUGGCAGGAGUCAGUCGGAGUCGGAUGUAGCUAAGAGUUGACUUGUGCGAUCUCAUUUUCAUUUCAGCUGUUCCUCCAAUUAAAUUUUAACAUUUUAUUUACUUGCUUAGGUUU